UGCACUUCCCGGCGGAAAUGCUCGCUCCGCCGCCAGGGGACAGCGGUGAACGACAAAAUGUUUUGAUUAGCAGAGUGGAGUAGCUCUCAUUGUUAUCAAUGUUCAACCCAAAUAAGGAUUUCGAAUCAUUUGAUAGAGUCAAAGGCAUCCAUCCUUGUCCUUUGCCUGCGGAAUCGACGCACCUUUCUUUUGGGAAUCUGUGUACUUCACCGGAAAAAUACAAAACCUACGAGAUUCCUCGGAGACCGUUGAUUCCAUAACCCAUUGUAUAUAUAAAUCCUAUGGCAUUGUUCUCAUACGAAAUACUAGGGAGAAGCAAAUAUGGGAUCAGUUAGCUUCUCUGUCAUCUCCAAUUCUACAAUCUAUGGAACAACUAGGCUUCCAUCGCCUUACCCACCUGCAAGAUUUUCUCAUUGGCAAUGCAGGAGUACAAAAUUUCCAUCCGUCAGGAGUGCUUUAUCUGGAUCUUCUAGUGCCCAGUUCACCCAUGGAAGGAAUGAACUUGACAUAGGACCAAGCCAGCACCUUAGAUCUACAUAUGCUUCCAAGGUUGUCAAAGAUAAGAUCAAGCAAAAUGCAUCUGCUUCUAUGUACAUAGAUGAGGAUAUUGUGAGGAUAAGAAGGCUAUUCUCGGAAACCAAGAGCAGACAGACAUCUGUUUCUGCUUAUGAUACAGCAUGGGUAGCCAUGGUCCCCUCUUUGGAAGACUCUCAAUUACCACAGUUUCCACAGUCCCUUUCAUGGAUAAUGAAUCAUCAACUCUGGGAUGGGUCUUGGGGAUUACCUGAUUUGCCUUAUAUUAAAGAUCGCCUUUCUCACACUUUGGCAUGCAUUAUUGCACUAAGAACGUGGAAUACUGGCAUUAAAAAUGUGGAAAUGGGUUUGAGAUUUAUAAGAGAAAAUAUUGGAAAGAUAGCUAGCGAGGACCAGCAUGAUCCCAUUGGAUUUGAGAUUAUCUUCACUGCAAUGCUAGAAGAAGCAAGAGGAUUGGGCUUGGACCUCCCUUAUGGUUCAUCUCCUAUAGAACAGAUGCUCUCAAAGCGAUAUGAAAUCCUUAAAAGGAUAGAGAUAGACCAGAUGAAUGAUUAUGAUCAAUCCCUAAUUUUUAUAGUUGAGGGUAUUCGGAGUAUGGUUGACUGGAACAAAGUUUUAAGACAUCAGAGCAAGGAUGGCUCACUCUUCCAUUCCCCCUCUGCAACUGCUUGUGCUCUGAUGCACACUAGAAAAUCCAACUGCCUUAUGUAUUUGAAAUCAAUGCUAGAAACUUUGGGGAGUGGAGUGCCUAGUGUUUAUCCCAUAAAUGUGUUCACUGCUCUCUCAGUGGUAGAUAGGUUGGAGAGCUUAGGAAUAUCAAGACAUUUCAAAUGUGAGAUAAAGCAGGCUCUCGAUGAUGUUUAUAGAUGCUGGACAGAAAACAAAAUAAUUGAGGGAAUAUCAUCAACAUCAGACAUAAUUAACAGUUCUGUCAGUUUCAGGAUUUUACGGUGGAAUGGAUAUGAUGUGUCUCCAGAUGUCUUCGUCAGUUUCCUGCAAGAUGGAAGCUUCCUAGUAGAAAAGAGAGGCCAAGCUGUUACAGCAAUGCUGAAUUUGUAUAAAUCAUCUCAGAUGAUGUUCCCUGGCGAAAGAAUUUUGGAAGAAGCAAAAUAUUUCUCCAGAAACUAUCUUGCCAAAAAUGAAGCAAAUAUUGCAAUGGAUGACCAAAAUUUAGUCCACAAAGACCUUGAUAAAGAGGUUGAGUAUGCACUUGCUGUACCUUGGCUGGCCAGUUUGGAGCGACUGGAACAUAGAAGAUACAUUGAAAAUGAUGCAUUUGAUGAUAUUUGGAUUGGAAAGACCUCUUACAAGAUCCCCUGUAUAAGCAGUGACUCUUUUUUAGCAUUAGCCAAAAAUGACUUCAAUAUCUGCCAAGCAAUGCAGCAGAAAGAUUUACAGGAGUUGGAAAAAUGGUGUGUAGAUUCAAAAUUUGGUGACCUACACUACGCACGGCAGAAACUUGUAUAUUGCUAUUUUUCUGUUGCUUCAACACUUUUUAGCCCUGAAAUGUCUGCAGCACGUAUUGUAUGGACCAAGAAUGCAGUUCUCACUACAGUCAUAGAUGACUUUUAUGACGUGGGGGGCUCCACUGAAGAGCUUCAAUGCUUUCUUGAAGCUGUUAAGAGGUGGGAUCCAGCAGGGAUAAAUAGCCUUCCAGAUAAUGUGAAGAUUCUGUUCUCUGCACUAUACAACACUGUCAAUAAUAUUGCCCAAAAUGCCUGUGCUUUUCAAGGUCGAGAUGUCAGCAUUCAUUUAAGGGAAAUUUGGUACAGGCUAGUGAUGUCAAUGAUGAAAGAGGCUGAGUGGGCCAAAACUGGAUAUAUACCAUCCAUGCAGGAGUACUUGGAAAAUGGAAAAACAUCAAUUGCGUUGGAACCGAUUGUUCUUAUAGCUCUCUAUUUUGUAGGGCCUAAGCUUUCAGAGCAAACCAUCUGGCACCAUGAGUACAGCAGUCUUAUGGAACUUGUCAAUAAUUGUGGGCGCCUUUUAAAUGACAUUCAGAGCUAUAAGAGGGAGGCCAAGGAAGGAAAGCUGAACUAUGUGACAUUGUUCAUGAAAGAAUAUCCAGUGUCGACUGCUGAGAAUGCUAUUGAGAAGAUUAGACAAACCAUAUAUCAAAGCACACAAAAACUACUGAGAAAUUUGUUGCAACCUAGUGUUCUCCCUCAUGAAUGCAAGAAGUUGUAUUGGAAUAUGGUUAGAAUUCUCCAACUAUUCUACCUCAAGACUGAUGGAUUCACAUCUCCCACUGAAAUGCUUGAACAUAUCAAUAUGGUUAUUUUUGAUCCUAUAGUGUAAAUUCCAAAGGAGAGUUUUGAGAUAACAUCACCUGGUUCUAUUGAUAUGGGAAAUGCUCGUAAAUAGCUUUAGGAACCAUCCAUGACAUGUUCUUGGCCCCCAUGUUGUGUUGUUUAUCAUCUUGUUGUCACUCUAGUUGUCAUCUAAAUAUUUGUUGCUUCAUGUUAGCAUACAUUCAAAUCAUGAAUCUUAUGCAACCAGGGUCUCAUGUGACCCCUACAUUAUCUGUGGACAAAGAUGCUAUUGUAGAUUGGUCUUUGAUUUGCCAAGAAUCUACACCAUAUUCUGCAAUCAAUAAAGUGGCUCUACAAUCAUAUAUGCCAAAUCUCAGAUUUUCAAACCAUUGUCUCACAUGACCUCUAUUUCCUUGUAUUUCAUCUGUGGACGACGAUGCUAUUGUAGAUUGUUCUUUGAUUUGCCAAGAAACUACACAUAUCCUACGCUUGAUUUAUUAUAAUUGUUACACCUUGAAAGUGGCUCUACAAUCAUAUAUUUCAAAUCUCAGAUUUUUGCA